GAUGAGAACUGUAAUAUCCCCCACUUUUAAAAAUGUAUUAAUAAGGAUUUAUAUGUAAAUUGGGGGACCUAUAUGUAAAUAUAGAAAUUACAAGGACUAAACUGCUAAGUUGCAAAAAGAAAAAAAAAAAGAAAAGGAAAAACCGAAAAUUCGGUAUUAUCCCACCGCCUCCCACGCACUCUCUGUUUCUUUCGAGAAACAGAGAGGAGCGGUGGGGCAUGAGGAGUGAAGAAAAGAAGAAGAAGAGGGAAAAGAAGAGAGGAGGAAGAAGAGAGGAAGAAGAGGGAGAAGAGAAGAAGAAGAAGAAGAGGAGGUGGCUGCAGCGAGGGCUGCAGCGAGGAGCUGUGGGGCGUGGGGAGAAGAAGAGAGGAAGAAGAGGGAGAAGAGAAGAAGAAGAAGAAGAAGAAGAAGAAGAGAGGAGGAUAGCUGCGGCAUGGCUGCAGCGAGGAGGUGUGUGGCUUUGGGGAGGAAAAGGGAAGAGGAGAAGAAGAGAAGGAGAAGAAGAGGGAAAAGAGAGGCAGCUGCAGCAGCCAGGGCUGCAGCACCUCUGUUUCCCGCAGGUGGAAACAGAGGAGAGGAUGUGUGGGGCGUUGAGGAUGAAAAGGGAAGAAGAAGAAGAAGAAGAAGAAGAAGAAGAAGAAGAAGAAGAAGAAGAAGAAGAAGAAGAAGAAGAUAGCUGCGGCAAGGCUGCAGCGAGGAGAUGUGUGGCCUUGGGGAGGAAAAGGGAAGAGGGGAAGAGGAGAAGAAGAAGAAGAGGAAGAGAAAGAGGUGUGAUACCUCUGUUUCCUGCAGAGGAAACAGAGGAGAGGGUGUGUGUGACGCCGGGGAAGAAGGGGCUGCAGCUGCGGCGAUGGCAGCUGCAGCUGGAAGAGAAGAAGAAGAGGAAGAUGAGCAGGGGAGGAGGGAGAGGUUGCGGCCGUGGCUGCGGCCGCGACUGCAGCAGUUGCAGCGGGGAGAGAAGAAGAAGAAAGGAAGGAGAAGGAAGAGGAGAAGGGAAAGAAGUAGCUACGGCUGCGGUUGUGGCAGCUGCAGCUGUGGCAGGGAAAGAGGAAGAGAAAAAGGAAAGGAAGAAGAAGAGAAAGGGAAGGAGAGGAAGAAGAGAGGAAGAGGAGAAGGGGCUGCGGCUGCGGCGAUGGCAGCUGCAGCUGUGGCUGGGAAAGAAGAGAAGGAAAGGAAGAAGAAGAGAAAGGGAAGGAGAGGAAGAAGAGAGGAAGAGGAGAAGGGGUGGCAGCUGCGGCAGUGGCAGCUGCAGCUAGAAGAGGAGGAGGAAAUAGAGCAGGGGAGGAAGAAGAGGCUGCGAGUGUGGUGGCUGCGACUCCGGCUGCGGCUGCGACGUUGGCUGCGGUAGCGGUGGUGGCUGCAGUAGCUGCAGUAGCUGCUUUUGGGAAAGAGAAAGAGUAGGAACGAGAGAAGGGAAGAAGGAAAUAGUGCAGUGGAAGGGGGCUGCGGUUGUGACCGCAGUUGCGAUUGUGGCAGCAGCAGCGGCGGCGGCUGUGGCAGCUGCGUUUGGGAAAGAAAAAGAAGGAAUGAGAGUAAGAGAGAGCAGGUGACUGUGCCUCGAUGUUCGACACGUGAUGUAGUUACGAAGAAAGGAAGAAAACGGGAGCACAAAACGAAACAGAGAGAGGACACGGAGGAAAAGUAGAAAGAUUGGACUGGCACCUUCCUUGGAUAUUCAGAUCAAAAUAUUUGAAAGGUCAGCUUGUCACUCUUCGAGAUGUUUGAUUUGGGCUGAGGCAGUGGAUAGCUAUUCAGAAUAAUGGGCAAGUCUGGUUGGUUAUUACGAUAUUGUUGUAUAAGUAUGUCUUGUAUAUAAUGAAAUGUUGUCGAUGAACCGAAAUAAAUAUACUGUGUCCAAGUGUUUGGAGAUCUCUCUUAUUUGGAAUUUCAGAAUGUUAAGUCUAAUUUAUGGUGAUAUGAACUUGUGGUGAAUAGUUGGAGUUCUGAUUGUAUAAUUCAUUUAGCUUGUGGAUUUAUAAAUGUUGUUCAUGUUUGUCAAGUUGGCUUGGGUUGCCAUAAAUGUGAAUUAUCGAGUGAUGUGAUAUAUGAUUAUAAACUGCACAGGUUUUAUGGAUGUGAAUAUGAAUAGAAUGUUUUCAGUGUCCUCAAACGUUAGUUUGGAUCCUGGAUUGGUCUGUGACGAAAAUUUUAAAAGUCAUGGAUAUUUUGAGGGGCUUGACAGAGGUGGUAUCAGAGCAUUGUUUGAGGAUUACUGAAAUAUUUGAUAUGUUGACAUGCAAAAUAUAUUGAGGUCUAAUGAACUAUAGUGAUUGGUGGAAAUUUUCUUUGAUGUAUUUUAGGAAUCUGGGAUGAUGAGGACAUUUGGUCCUCCUAUUUCAUUGUUUCUGAUUAAUUAAGGGGAAUGAAAGGAUUGUUUGGGGAUAUUGAAUCAGAGUGGCGCAGCGGAAGCAUGGUGGACCUAAUUUCAUUGGUGGUAGAAAAAUGGAUGAUGCAAAUGGAGAAGAUAUUUGAUAUACAAAAUUAUUCUAAUGAUCAAAAGAUUUCUUUUGCUACGUUAUAUUGGAAGUAAAGACUUAUUAUUGACGGCAACAAUGAAAAGAAUUUUUGAAGAUCAAUGGCAAGAAUGACAAGAACAAGUUUACCAAUAAAAAUAUGAUUGGAAAUGAAUCAGUAAGUAACAACAAGAGGAUCAAGACAUUUGGAUUUGAAAUUGGAGGUCAUCAUAAAAGACUCAAUCAUGUGUGAAUUAUAAGUUAAAUUAUGAAACAAGUUUGUGUUUUCGGGUGAUUGGAGUCUAUUUUACUUGUAGAAAGUUGGAUCAUAAAAUAAAAGUUUGCCCUUUGAACAAGAAGAAAGAGUCACUGCCUCCUAAAUCAUCAGCCCAUGUAAGAGUGUAUGCUAUCACUGAAUAUGAUUCUGAAACUUCUGAAUUAGUGGUCAAAGGUAUUAUGCAUGUUUAUGAAAGAAUGCAAAUAUUUGUUCGACCAUGGGUCCAAUCUACGAUUUGAUUCGUAAUAUUUUGCUUAUCACUUGGGUAUUCAACCUAGACCACUACAUUAUGUGAUAUAUGUAAGUACAAUCAUUGGAGAUUCUUUGAUAACGAACUUAAAUCUAGUCCUCUUGUCUGAUUCUUAUUGGAGAACUUGAACUUUUGCUGAUUUAGUUCUCCUAGAGAUUUGGAGUUUUGAUAUUAUACUUGGUAUGGAUUGGCUAUCUUCCUAUCAUACCAGUAUGGAUUGGUAUAUAACAAAUGAUCACUUUUUGCAUAUUUGAUCAGUCGAUCUUUUAUUUUGAGAGUAUUGGACAUUAUUUAUCUCCUUGCCUAAUGUAUCCCAGGAUGACUUGUUUGGAUUACCUCCAAAUGUGAUUUUGCUUUUGAUUUGGUCCUUGGGACAAUCCUAAAAUCUAAGCCUCUCUACAGAAAGAUAUCAUUUGAGUAAGUGGAAUUAGAAAAGCAACUACAAGGAUUAUUAAAUGAGGAUUUUAUUUGGCUUAAUAUUUCAUCAUGAGAUGCUCCGGUGUUAGUUAAAAGAUGGAUGGAACAUUGAGGCUUUGUAUUGAUUAUAGAUAGUUGAAUUAGGUGACCAUCAAAAAACGAGUAUUUUCUAAAGUGACCACUUGUUUGAUUAACUACAGAGUGCACAGGGAUUUUAAAAGAUUGUUUGAAGGUCGGGUUACCAUCUAUUGAGGAUCAAGGAGGAGAAUAUUUCGGUCACUCUUGGAAAAUUGUGUAAUUGUAUUGAAUUGAUGAAAUUAUUUAAGAGUAGGAGGAGGAAAUAAAGAAAUCAUAAUCCUCAUCUUUUCAUCGAUUGAGCUAUGACCAAUUUAGAGGACUAAAUUUUCUUUUAAGGGGGGGGAGAGUGUAAUAUCCCCCACUUUUAAAAAUGUAUUAAUAAGGAUUUAUAUGUAAAUUGGGGGACCUAUAUGUAAAUAUAGAAAUUACAAGGACUAAACUGCUAAGUUGCAAAAAGAAAAAAAAAAAGAAAAGGAAAAACCGAAAAUUCGGUAUUAUCCCACCGCCUCCCACGCACUCUUUGUUUCUUCGAGAAACAGAGAGGAGCGGUGGGGCAUGAGGAGUGAAGAAAAGAAGAAGAAGAGGGAAAAGAAGAGAGGAGGAAGAAGAGAGGAAGAAGAGGGAGAAGAGAAGAAGAAGAAGAAGAGGAGGUGGCUGCAGCGAGGGCUGCAGCGAGGAGCUGUGGGGCGUGGGGAGAAGAAGAGAGGAAGAAGAGGGAGAAGAGAAGAAGAAGAAGAAGAAGAAGAAGAAGAGAGGAGGAUAGCUGCGGCAUGGCUGCAGCGAGGAGGUGUGUGGCUUUGGGGAGGAAAAGGGAAGAGGAGAAGAAGAGAAGGAGAAGAAGAGGGAAAAGAGAGGCAGCUGCAGCAGCCAGGGCUGCAGCACCUCUGUUUCCCGCAGGUGGAAACAGAGGAGAGGAUGUGUGGGGCGUUGAGGAUGAAAAGGGAAGAAGAAGAAGAAGAAGAAGAAGAAGAAGAAGAAGAAGAAGAAGAAGAUAGCUGCGGCAAGGCUGCAGCGAGGAGAUGUGUGGCCUUGGGGAGGAAAAGGGAAGAGGGGAAGAGGAGAAGAAGAAGAAGAGGAAGAGAAAGAGGUGUGAUACCUCUGUUUCCUGCAGAGGAAACAGAGGAGAGGGUGUGUGUGACGCCGGGGAAGAAGGGGCUGCAGCUGCGGCGAUGGCAGCUGCAGCUGGAAGAGAAGAAGAAGAGGAAGAUGAGCAGGGGAGGAGGGAGAGGUUGCGGCCGUGGCUGCGGCCGCGACUGCAGCAGUUGCAGCGGGGAGAGAAGAAGAAGAAAGGAAGGAGAAGGAAGAGGAGAAGGGAAAGAAGUAGCUACGGCUGCGGUUGUGGCAGCUGCAGCUGUGGCAGGGAAAGAGGAAGAGAAAAAGGAAAGGAAGAAGAAGAGAAAGGGAAGGAGAGGAAGAAGAGAGGAAGAGGAGAAGGGGCUGCGGCUGCGGCGAUGGCAGCUGCAGCUGUGGCUGGGAAAGAAGAGAAGGAAAGGAAGAAGAAGAGAAAGGGAAGGAGAGGAAGAAGAGAGGAAGAGGAGAAGGGGUGGCAGCUGCGGCAGUGGCAGCUGCAGCUAGAAGAGGAGGAGGAAAUAGAGCAGGGGAGGAAGAAGAGGCUGCGAGUGUGGUGGCUGCGACUCCGGCUGCGGCUGCGACGUUGGCUGCGGUAGCGGUGGUGGCUGCAGUAGCUGCAGUAGCUGCUUUUGGGAAAGAGAAAGAGUAGGAACGAGAGAAGGGAAGAAGGAAAUAGUGCAGUGGAAGGGGGCUGCGGUUGUGACCGCAGUUGCGAUUGUGGCAGCAGCAGCGGCGGCGGCUGUGGCAGCUGCGUUUGGGAAAGAAAAAGAAGGAAUGAGAGUAAGAGAGAGCAGGUGACUGUGCCUCGAUGUUCGACACGUGAUGUAGUUACGAAGAAAGGAAGAAAACGGGAGCACAAAACGAAACAGAGAGAGGACACGGAGGAAAAGUAGAAAGAUUGGACUGGCACCUUCCUUGGAUAUUCAGAUCAAAAUAUUUGAAAGGUCAGCUUGUCACUCUUCGAGAUGUUUGAUUUGGGCUGAGGCAGUGGAUAGCUAUUCAGAAUAAUGGGCAAGUCUGGUUGGUUAUUACGAUAUUGUUGUAUAAGUAUGUCUUGUAUAUAAUGAAAUGUUGUCGAUGAACCGAAAUAAAUAUACUGUGUCCAAGUGUUUGGAGAUCUCUCUUAUUUGGAAUUUCAGAAUGUUAAGUCUAAUUUAUGGUGAUAUGAACUUGUGGUGAAUAGUUGGAGUUCUGAUUGUAUAAUUCAUUUAGCUUGUGGAUUUAUAAAUGUUGUUCAUGUUUGUCAAGUUGGCUUGGGUUGCCAUAAAUGUGAAUUAUCGAGUGAUGUGAUAUAUGAUUAUAAACUGCACAGGUUUUAUGGAUGUGAAUAUGAAUAGAAUGUUUUCAGUGUCCUCAAACGUUAGUUUGGAUCCUGGAUUGGUCUGUGACGAAAAUUUUAAAAGUCAUGGAUAUUUUGAGGGGCUUGACAGAGGUGGUAUCAGAGCAUUGUUUGAGGAUUACUGAAAUAUUUGAUAUGUUGACAUGCAAAAUAUAUUGAGGUCUAAUGAACUAUAGUGAUUGGUGGAAAUUUUCUUUGAUGUAUUUUAGGAAUCUGGGAUGAUGAGGACAUUUGGUCCUCCUAUUUCAUUGUUUCUGAUUAAUUAAGGGGAAUGAAAGGAUUGUUUGGGGAUAUUGAAUCAGAGUGGCGCAGCGGAAGCAUGGUGGACCUAAUUUCAUUGGUGGUAGAAAAAUGGAUGAUGCAAAUGGAGAAGAUAUUUGAUAUACAAAAUUAUUCUAAUGAUCAAAAGAUUUCUUUUGCUACGUUAUAUUGGAAGUAAAGACUUAUUAUUGACGGCAACAAUGAAAAGAAUUUUUGAAGAUCAAUGGCAAGAAUGACAAGAACAAGUUUACCAAUAAAAAUAUGAUUGGAAAUGAAUCAGUAAGUAACAACAAGAGGAUCAAGACAUUUGGAUUUGAAAUUGGAGGUCAUCAUAAAAGACUCAAUCAUGUGUGAAUUAUAAGUUAAAUUAUGAAACAAGUUUGUGUUUUCGGGUGAUUGGAGUCUAUUUUACUUGUAGAAAGUUGGAUCAUAAAAUAAAAGUUUGCCCUUUGAACAAGAAGAAAGAGUCACUGCCUCCUAAAUCAUCAGCCCAUGUAAGAGUGUAUGCUAUCACUGAAUAUGAUUCUGAAACUUCUGAAUUAGUGGUCAAAGGUAUUAUGCAUGUUUAUGAAAGAAUGCAAAUAUUUGUUCGACCAUGGGUCCAAUCUACGAUUUGAUUCGUAAUAUUUUGCUUAUCACUUGGGUAUUCAACCUAGACCACUACAUUAUGUGAUAUAUGUAAGUACAAUCAUUGGAGAUUCUUUGAUAACGAACUUAAAUCUAGUCCUCUUGUCUGAUUCUUAUUGGAGAACUUGAACUUUUGCUGAUUUAGUUCUCCUAGAGAUUUGGAGUUUUGAUAUUAUACUUGGUAUGGAUUGGCUAUCUUCCUAUCAUACCAGUAUGGAUUGGUAUAUAACAAAUGAUCACUUUUUGCAUAUUUGAUCAGUCGAUCUUUUAUUUUGAGAGUAUUGGACAUUAUUUAUCUCCUUGCCUAAUGUAUCCCAGGAUGACUUGUUUGGAUUACCUCCAAAUGUGAUUUUGCUUUUGAUUUGGUCCUUGGGACAAUCCUAAAAUCUAAGCCUCUCUACAGAAAGAUAUCAUUUGAGUAAGUGGAAUUAGAAAAGCAACUACAAGGAUUAUUAAAUGAGGAUUUUAUUUGGCUUAAUAUUUCAUCAUGAGAUGCUCCGGUGUUAGUUAAAAGAUGGAUGGAACAUUGAGGCUUUGUAUUGAUUAUAGAUAGUUGAAUUAGGUGACCAUCAAAAAACGAGUAUUUUCUAAAGUGACCACUUGUUUGAUUAACUACAGAGUGCACAGGGAUUUUAAAAGAUUGUUUGAAGGUCGGGUUACCAUCUAUUGAGGAUCAAGGAGGAGAAUAUUUCGGUCACUCUUGGAAAAUUGUGUAAUUGUAUUGAAUUGAUGAAAUUAUUUAAGAGUAGGAGGAGGAAAUAAAGAAAUCAUAAUCCUCAUCUUUUCAUCGAUUGAGCUAUGACCAAUUUAGAGGACUAAAUUUUCUUUUAAGGGGGGGGAGAGUGUAAUAUCCCCCACUUUUAAAAAUGUAUUAAUAAGGAUUUAUAUGUAAAUUGGGGGACCUAUAUGUAAAUAUAGAAAUUACAAGGACUAAACUGCUAAGUUGCAAAAAGAAAAAAAAAAAGAAAAGGAAAAACCGAAAAUUCGGUAUUAUCCCACCGCCUCCCACGCACUCUUUGUUUCUUCGAGAAACAGAGAGGAGCGGUGGGGCAUGAGGAGUGAAGAAAAGAAGAAGAAGAGGGAAAAGAAGAGAGGAGGAAGAAGAGAGGAAGAAGAGGGAGAAGAGAAGAAGAAGAAGAAGAGGAGGUGGCUGCAGCGAGGGCUGCAGCGAGGAGCUGUGGGGCGUGGGGAGAAGAAGAGAGGAAGAAGAGGGAGAAGAGAAGAAGAAGAAGAAGAAGAAGAAGAAGAGAGGAGGAUAGCUGCGGCAUGGCUGCAGCGAGGAGGUGUGUGGCUUUGGGGAGGAAAAGGGAAGAGGAGAAGAAGAGAAGGAGAAGAAGAGGGAAAAGAGAGGCAGCUGCAGCAGCCAGGGCUGCAGCACCUCUGUUUCCCGCAGGUGGAAACAGAGGAGAGGAUGUGUGGGGCGUUGAGGAUGAAAAGGGAAGAAGAAGAAGAAGAAGAAGAAGAAGAUAGCUGCGGCAAGGCUGCAGCGAGGAGAUGUGUGGCCUUGGGGAGGAAAAGGGAAGAGGGGAAGAGGAGAAGAAGAAGAAGAGGAAGAGAAAGAGGUGUGAUACCUCUGUUUCCUGCAGAGGAAACAGAGGAGAGGGUGUGUGUGACGCCGGGGAAGAAGGGGCUGCAGCUGCGGCGAUGGCAGCUGCAGCUGGAAGAGAAGAAGAAGAGGAAGAUGAGCAGGGGAGGAGGGAGAGGUUGCGGCCGUGGCUGCGGCCGCGACUGCAGCAGUUGCAGCGGGGAGAGAAGAAGAAGAAAGGAAGGAGAAGGAAGAGGAGAAGGGAAAGAAGUAGCUACGGCUGCGGUUGUGGCAGCUGCAGCUGUGGCAGGGAAAGAGGAAGAGAAAAAGGAAAGGAAGAAGAAGAGAAAGGGAAGGAGAGGAAGAAGAGAGGAAGAGGAGAAGGGGCUGCGGCUGCGGCGAUGGCAGCUGCAGCUGUGGCUGGGAAAGAAGAGAAGGAAAGGAAGAAGAAGAGAAAGGGAAGGAGAGGAAGAAGAGAGGAAGAGGAGAAGGGGUGGCAGCUGCGGCAGUGGCAGCUGCAGCUAGAAGAGGAGGAGGAAAUAGAGCAGGGGAGGAAGAAGAGGCUGCGAGUGUGGUGGCUGCGACUCCGGCUGCGGCUGCGACGUUGGCUGCGGUAGCGGUGGUGGCUGCAGUAGCUGCAGUAGCUGCUUUUGGGAAAGAGAAAGAGUAGGAACGAGAGAAGGGAAGAAGGAAAUAGUGCAGUGGAAGGGGGCUGCGGUUGUGACCGCAGUUGCGAUUGUGGCAGCAGCAGCGGCGGCGGCUGUGGCAGCUGCGUUUGGGAAAGAAAAAGAAGGAAUGAGAGUAAGAGAGAGCAGGUGACUGUGCCUCGAUGUUCGACACGUGAUGUAGUUACGAAGAAAGGAAGAAAACGGGAGCACAAAACGAAACAGAGAGAGGACACGGAGGAAAAGUAGAAAGAUUGGACUGGCACCUUCCUUGGAUAUUCAGAUCAAAAUAUUUGAAAGGCAAGUUUCCCACUUGUUUCGAUCCUUUCUAUUGCAAGUUUCCCACUUGUUUCGAUCCUUUCUAUUGCAAGUUCCCUGAUCGUUUCUCCUAUAAUUGCUCUGAUAUGUCUUAUUGCAAGUAUCCUGAUCUUCCUCACUGCCAUUUUUAUCUCUACAUUUGCUUUGAAUAUGAGGAACUUUGAAUUGUUCUAGCCUUGCAUUUGUUAUAUCUCCUGUUUAAACGUAACGAUUCGAAUCUGUGCAACUUUUGAGAUUCUGACCUUUUGAUACCGAGCUGCCUAUAAGUCUUUGUUGGAAACUCUGAUUUGUUCAAAACUGAUUUCAUUGGAAACUAGACUCGUAGACCUUUCUUUGAUAUAUGGAUUGAAAGAUUUGGAAUCCAAACACCUGCCCAGUUAUCUGUUGAAUCUGACAUUAUGAAUUCUGCCAACAGAGAUUUUGUUCUACGACACUUGCUUACCAAAUUAUUUGUAACUCUCUCUGUUGGACAGUUCAAUUCCUAUGAAGCCUGUCUUAUCUGAAAGUAUUAUCCAAUGAUUAUUUCUGAGUAAAUUGGAGCACGAUUGAUAGUUUGAAUCAUUUGUUCAAUGUGCCUCUUGUAUUCUGCCAGAAAUCGAGCUUUGGUCGAUUUCUCAUAUUCUGGUUUCAUUCCUUUGGAAGUUGAUAUCCUUUAGCUUUCUUAUUCAAUUGAGCUUUAUAUUACUGCUUUGAGUUCUUGUAUACUCUUGUCCUUAAAAUUAUUGCAUUCUUGAAAACCAUUGUGGAACGUUUAUGCUAUAUCGUAUUGACCCAUAUAGGCAUAUGUAUAUUCCAUUGUUCCGCAUUUGCUCCCGAUAUGUGCCUAUUCCAGUUCAUUCAUUUUGACAUUGAAUUUAUCUAACCUUCUUAUUUGAAUUGAGCUAUAUAUGAUUGUUUGGAAUCCUUGAAUGCUCUUGCUUUCAUUUCGUUUCCAAAUCUGAAUACAUUUGUGAGAGAUUUGUUCCUUGCAUCAUAUUUGACUCGUAAAGGCACAUGUACGUUUGUUGUUCCGCGUGUGCUUCUGAUAUAUGCUAUUUAUUGUUCGUACUGCCCUUUUGUACUCUGGUGUUUGUGGGAUUGUCUGGACCUUUGCCAGAAAUGGUAAAGGGUAUGCGCUGAUUUGCCCGCUUUGUGGGGUCCCGCUUUGUGGGAUAUUCUGGUAUGCGCUUAUUUGCCCGCUUUGUGGGGUCCCACUUUAUGGGAUAUUGCUUAGAGCCUGCGAUGCUCUGCCGGCCCCUUUGACUACACCUAGACGUGGGUGGAUGGAGCUCCCAGACGUGGGAGACUUUUGUCAGGUGGUCAUUCAGAAAUGGAUGAAUCACAUUCUGACUGAGAUCCCACUACACCUUCUGUAUGUUUGAUAUGAUAUCCAGAGCUUUGGUUAUGUGUUUCUGUACAUGCUUUGGAUAAGAUUGAUAUGUUUGCAACGUCAAAGACGACGUUUGAGCUUCUGUACGAUAUUUGUUUUCGAUAUGCUCUGAAAUGCUUCAUUCACUGAUGA